CUUCCCGCGAAACCAAAAUAACGCGCGAAAAAUUCUCAUCUUUGCCUCCAUCGACCGUACUUAAAACUAACGCUUGUCCUUCGCUUUCGAUUCCCUCUUCAUCCACACUUCCAAUCCAUUUCCAUGGCUUCUUCAGCAAAAACCAAAACCACAACAACGGUGGCACUCAGGCGCAGAACUCAGGCUCCAAAUCCUCUUUCUAGUUCUCUCUAUGCUGAUAAUGCUGCCGACUACGACGAUGCCUGCUGCAAUGAAUGUGGGUCCGGCCAUUCUCCGGCCGAGCUGCUUCUUUGUGACAAAUGUGAUGGAGGGUAUCAUCUCUUUUGCUUAAGACCCAUACUUGUUUCCGUCCCCAAAGGGUCUUGGUUUUGUCCUUCUUGCUCCAAUCUAAAAAAACCCAAGUCAUUUCCUCUAGUUCAAACCAAAAUCAUUGAUUUCUUUCGCAUUCAAAGGUCCCCAGAAUUGAUUCAGAAGCUAAGUCAAGAUAGCCUGAAGAAAAGAAAGCGGUCUAGUAGCUUAGUAAUGUCGAAAAAGAAAAGAAAGUUAUUACCUUUCACUCCAAGUGAAGAUCCUGAAAGGAGAUUAGAGCAAAUGAGAUCUCUAGCAACAGCAUUGACAGCUUCAGGAACCGAAUAUAGCAAUGAACUCACUUAUCAACCGGGCAUGGCGCCCAGGUCUGCCAAUUGUCCAGCUUUAGAGAAGGGGGGCAUGCAGGUCUUGCCAAAAGAAGACAUUGAAGCCUUAAAUAUGUGUAAAAGAAUGAUGGAUAGAGGAGAAUGUCCACCCCUUAUGGUUGUUUUUGAUCCCAAAGAAGGGUUCACUGUAGAGGCAGAUAGAUCCAUUAAAGAUUUAACAAUCAUCACAGAGUAUGUUGGGGAUGUUGAUUACUUGAAAAACCGGGAAAAUGAUGAUGGGGAUAGCAUGAUGACAUUGCUUUGUGCUGCUAAUCCUUCACAAAGCCUUGUCAUAUGUCCAGAUAAACGUGGAAACAUAGCUCGCUUUAUCAACGGAAUCAAUAAUCAUUCGCUGGAUGGAAAAAAGAAGCAGAACCUUAAAUGUGUGAGAUUCAAUGUUAAUGGAAGUUGUCGAGUUCUACUGAUUGCAAAUAGAGAUAUAAAGAAGGGAGAACGAUUAUAUUAUGACUACAAUGGAUAUGAACAUGAAUAUCCAACGGAGCACUUUGUUUAAGUUUCUUUGUUUUCAUUUAGAAAAAAGAUCAAUGGGACUGCUCAGCAACUAACAAGCUAAUCAUACAAUUCUGUAGUUCAUUCAACCCUUAUGUACACAUGAAAAGAAAUCAUGGAAGAAAGAAAUUCUAAAGAGAUUGACAAAUUGACAAUGUGAAAAUGUCUUGUGCACUUCACUUUCAACA